UACAUUUCCCAGAACACCUUGCGGCCGUGUUGUGAUCUGAGCGGUUCGAGCAGAACUACACUUUGCUGACUGUGUUUUGUAAUAAUGUCGCCCCAACACUCGACACAUUUUUCGUCUUAAAAUUAGUUCUAAACUUCGCUAAUCAUUGUUGUCAAGAUUAUAAGGUGACGGUUAAGAUGAAAUGGAGAUAACGCGUAGCAGACCUUCCCUGUAUGGAGAUAUCGCCCAUGGUCUCGGAUUCUGGACUGAUCGGUCCAAGGUCCAUGAGGCGGCGGCCCAGGGAAGAGCGGUGCAGCUGCAGCAGCUGAUUGAAAGCGGUGCGGCUGUGAACAUGGUGGCCGUUGACUCCAUCACGCCUUUACACGAGGCGUGCAUACAGGGACACACCCAGUGCGUCAGAUUGCUGCUGGGCGCCGGCGCUCAGGUGGAUGCUCGUAACAUAGACGGAAGCACGCCUCUGUGCGACGCCUGUGCUGCUGGCAGUCUGGAGUGUGUCAAGCUGCUGCUGGAGUACGGAGCCACGGUCAAUCCUCCGUUGUUUACCUUCUCGCCACUUCAUGAGGCGUGCAUGGGAGGCAGUUCUGAUUGUGUCCAGCUGAUGAUCGACCGAGGAGCCUUCCUUGAGGCACACGACUGCCACUAUGGUACGCCGCUCCAUGUCGCUUGCGGCAGGCAACAUUAUGACUGCGCCAAAGUUCUCCUCAAUGCAGGUGCAAACGUGAACGCCGCCAAGUUGCACGAGACGGCCCUCCAUCACGCGGCCAAGGCGAGGAACGUCCGCUUGAUCGAGCUGCUCGUUGAGUUCGGUGCUAACUUGAACGCCAGAGACAACCUGGACAAGAAGCCCGUCCAGUACGCUGGUUUAGGAUCACCUUCCUACCUCUGCUUUCAGUUCUACCAGGACACACCCCUCAGUCUCCAGCAGAUCAGCCGGGUGGUUUUGAGGAGGAUCCUCGGCGUACGGGCGCUGGCCGUUUUCUCGAAGUUGGGUCUGCCCAAUCGCAUCGCAGGUUUUCUCUCGUACACGCCGCCUCCCGUUGUCAAAAUCUGAUGGAGCCAUGGAGAACAUUUUGACUGAUAAAGCUGUGAAUUGGUCCUAGACAGGGGUCUCCAACUUUUUUUCCUUCUGAGAGUGAUCAUUACAAACUGAAAAUGGCCCGGAGCCAAU